CACAACAACCGAAGAAGAUAAAUGGUCCAAUAGCAGAGCUGACAUUUGUGUUUUGAAUGAAACGCGGUUGAUGGCUGCUUGACGCAGGGUUUGUUUAUCCUAUCCUUGUAGCUUUUUGCAACGUUGGUUAAAGUUUGCUGGUACAAGUUGGAAGCUGUAAAAUAAGUGUUCAGUCCCAGUACGCCGGAGUAAUGUCCUCCAGGAAGUCACAUUCCAGUGGGGAAGGCUUGCCUUCAAGCAAAUUUGGAGAGCGUACCCCUCUGAGAAGUCUGCAGAAUGAAAUGCUGCAUCUGUCAACUCCAUCAAGGUUCAAGUCAAAAUCACUACUCAAUGCUGAUGUUGUGAAACUGACAAUGGGUGAUGUACCUCUCUGUGACCCAGAACCCCUAUUGCAGUCUCCUCCAUCCACCAAAGUGAUUCAAAUCAAUGCUUCCCCUAUUGAUACUACUACUACUGAGAUAGCUUGUGGACUUGGAGAUGUAACACUUAAAUCCUUUGUCUGUCCUGGUGGGGAGGUUGAGGUUACAGGCUCAUCAGUGUGUGCAGAAGAGAGUAUUAUUUUGCCCAACGACCAGGCUAUGAAAAACAUGCAAGAAACAGAAGAUACAGUCCUCUCUGACACUAUAAUAGUUCAGUCAUGCAGUGACCACAUUGAUCACCCCUACUACAAUCCUGAGAUGAAAGAUGCUUCUUUGAUUGACGUUGAUGCAGCGUGUCUCUGUGAAAUUUCAAACUCUAAACUAACCCCUGAAGACUUGGAUAAUGAACACGCCACACAAGAUUUCAGAGCUUUUCAGAACAACUGCUUUGAAGAGAAAGAUGUCACUUGGAAAUCCUUUGUCUGCGAUGGCGGUGAGGUGGAAGUUUCUGAUGUCACCAGACUACAAGAGGAGACCAUUGCUCUGCCCAAAGCACAGCUGGGCGAACCUUUACAAAACAGUGUAAAUUUAACAAAUCUCUCUGAUUGUGGCCAAUUAUGUCAAGUGGAACACACAGAUCAUCUCUACUUUAGCAGUGAAAAUGGUGUUUGUGUCAUCACCACCUUCUCUGACACCACAAAUACUCCUGAAAAGCCUGCUGAUGGACUAAGUAAUGCAACCUUCAAAUCUAAACCUUCAUUUAACUGCAGUGGAGGUGUGAUUUCUGGUGGCACCAAACUUGCAGAUGAGGCUGUUUCUCUACCAGCUGACCAAACUGCAACCUGCAGUUUGUCAUACAAUUAUGGUAUAGAGCCAAGCAUGUUUGCUAGUGACCAAUAUGUGCAAAACAAUAAUGAUCAUUCAGAUCACCCACACUGCAAUAUUGAAAAUUACCCAUUGGGGGAACCAUUACCAUUCAGCCUUGAUGUUGUGGAUGAGGAUAAACCGAUAAGCUUGGUGGUGCAAGAUUGCCAGACUGGCGGACAAGCGGAGAAUACGUUCACCUCUUUCAUCAGUGCCGGUAGGGAUAUUGAAAUGCCAAAUGGCACUCGAUUGUCUCAGAAGAUGUUCCCUCUGCCUGACGACCAGGCUGUGAUCUGCCAGCCCCUGGAUGACAAUGGUGUACCUACUUCCCUUACACAGGAUCACAUUCAAGAUGACUAUGAGAAACCUAACAGUCAUGUGGAAAAUGAAGAAGUUGUGGUAGCUACUGGGCCACCAGCUAUCGGUACGUCUUCACUGACUAACACAUCUUUAAAGGCAUUGGAUGAUAAAUCUGUUAAGUGUCAAAUGCAAGAAACCUCAAAAAAGGACUUGAUGCAUCAUGUGGACAGUGCAUUGCCUACAAUGCUUUAUAGAAUUGAGUCUUCUGACAGCAGCCAACUUGCAGCUUCAGCAGAGAUUCCUACACUUGUGGAAGUGCAUGAGGAACACGUCUCUCAAGUGCAAAUCAGCAGUGAACCCCAUAAAUCCAGUGAGGACAAAGACUGUGCUCUCGGUUCACCUGGGAUUGGACCGAUUCUUUGUAACUCUGCAGAAAAACCUCGGCCAGAAAACCUCCCUAAUGUUUUGAAAGUGCUGUCAGAAUGUCCCUCCGUAGCAUCAGGUUUGCCGUUUGGGAUCCUCAGUCCAAUUGUUAGAAGAGCCUCUCUCGCUGUAUUAAAGGCUUUUAAGGGUCCUGCUUUUGACCAAUUUUUGGCUGACGAUUCUGCUCUCAAGGGUGGAACAAGCUUUUUGGCUGGUCCUUUUUUAAAUUUGGACCAACCUGGGUUAUUGGGAGAGCACCUGGUGAGCCCCAUGCCACGUCCUCUGUUUAACUCUACAGCACUAGAUUGCAAGCCCCAGCCAGACCCAGUCACUGAGUCCGUUGAUGUGUGUGCAAAGCCUUGUGCAGUGUCCCAGUCCGACCCAGUCAUUGAGCCAGUUGAUGAUGUGUGUGCAAAGCCUUGUGCAGUGUCCCAGCCAGACCCAGUCACUGAGCCCGUUGAGGAUUUGGGUGCAAAGCCCUGUGCAGUGCCUCAGACUGAAGUGGAGGUUCUGGAUAUGCCUAUGAUUCCAGAUGGUUCCCUUCAGCAGCAGCUUCGGCAGAUGGCCGAGUUCCUUUUCUUGGCAUCAGGAAAGAUGGGUCCUGCUGCUAUCUCCAAUACAGUUCUGCAUCCUGCUGCUGUCACGGUCCCACCGGCAGAAGCUACUCCUGCAGAAUCCCACAGUGUAUGUGUGGGCACCACUCCUGUGAAAUGGUUAGACCACAGCGUCAAUACAUCUGGCCAGUUUGAGCAAAAGAGGGAUUUCUCUGUGGUUGAUUCCUGCACUCUGACUGACCCUCUCCUGUGGAAUCUACCUCCGGGCGGUCUUGAGGGUCUCCCCAGAAAAGAGCUGGAGCAAGGGUUAAGGUCUAGCAUGAUCACGGUUGAGGCUCUUGUGCAGCAGUUGGCUGCAGCCAGGGCAAAUGGAUGUUCUUCUGCAGGCCCUGCACCCUCAGACCUCAGGGAGAAACUAGUGCAGACAGACCACACUGAACUCAGUCAGACCACAAUGUACAGAGACCUAUAUUUGGAGGCUCUAAACAGGGUUGGUGAUUUGGAGAUGGACGAUAGUUCUCUACAGAACCUUACCCAGUGUAUGCAGGACACGAGGGUCACCAUGACCUCUUUGAGUUGUGACACAGAUGCUGCGCUCUCUAACAUGAAGCAAAUGGGAGACAGCGUCAGAGAGGACCAUCAAAGCCUUGUUUUACAUUACGAUCAGAUGAAGACUCUAUUAAAGAAAACAAAGGAAAUUCAGACAACAAUGAUGCAGAAGGUCAAAGAUUCUCUUCUCCAAAGAGAUGACAUGAUGAUACAGAUGGAGGAGGCCUUCAGAGUCAAGGAGGCGGCCUUCAGUGCGAUGGAACAGCUGAGGACACACUGUGCCACAGAAAUCUCAGAGCUGGAGAGGAUUGUGGGGUCUCAGCAAGAACUGUCAGCUGCCCUAGACCAGACUUACCCACAACAGGUUGCAUUAAACCAGGCCUGUACUGAAAUGCUAAAUUCUGCUUCUGAUGUUUUGUCCACAACCAUGGAAGAACAAUCCAGUUUGAUGAAAGAACUCUGCAAAGUCAGAGGCCUGAUGCAGAAAACUGCUCCCAUGCUUCUGAAGCUGAAUAAGAAGGCAGCUGCUGCUUUGAGAGAGAGGGAUGAACACAUGUCUGCAAGAAACCAAGCUGUUGAAGAGAGAGAGCAGAUCGAAGAAGAGUUAAACCAUGCUUAUGUGAAUCUCCAAACUGCCAGAGAGCAGAUUGGUGAUUUAAAUCUGCAGGGGACAAUUCUGACCUCAGAGAUGGGUGUGCUGCGUCAGAAGCUAACUGAGAGAGAGGAAGAGAGGGGUCCACUGGAGAGGAAGGUGACAGAGCUGUCUGCCACGGUUUCCUCCACUUUGGCUUCCUAUGCCUUCUUGGAGCAGGCCCUUGGUGCUGAGACUACAAAGUUGAAGCAGUCAUGGAAGGACAUCCAGCUUGCAAAGGACAGAGCAAAUGAGUUGCAGACGUCACUGGGUCAGUCGGAGCAGCGCGUCCACGAGUUAAGUCGCGCUCUGGCUCAAACUGAGGAGCAGCUCAGUCAGCUGCAGGUCCUCUCACAGUCCCAGAACCUGCAGAUCCAACAGCUCCAGGACGUUUGCACACAACUUGGUGGUGUGCGGGAGAUGAACGAGUUCUUACAGAUGGAGAAUGAGUUGGCGAGGGAGCAGGUAGUUGAAAGUGAGCGUAUGGUGAUGACCAACCUGCAGGCACUCCGUGAGAGGAACAUCCAGUGUGAGGACCUAAAAGGAGAACUUGGUCAAUUUCAGCUUGAGAACAGGAGUUUGCACAAGGAGCUGGAAACCACAAAGUCCAGAGCCAGUGCAACCCAGCUGGAGCUUGGAGAGAAACUGGCACAGGCGGUCACUGAAAUUACGUUGCUGCAUCACACACUGCGAGGACUGACCAAUGAACUAAAUGCAGCGCUCAAUGACCAGAAACCAGAACCACAGAAGGAUAAAGAGUCUCAUGCAGUCCACACCGUGGAGCGUCGUCACCCAUCCGGCUCCUUUGUCGAUAGCAUCAUGGUUGCAUUAACUGCUGAGAAGGAGGAAGACGCCUCAACAGAGACACCUCCUGGAUCAGGCACUGUCUCUUCAGUUCCCUCAGACAUGGCAGAGCCACUGUGUGAAACUUUGUUCAGCGAGACGAGCGCCUUCACACGCAUUGCCGUCACCCCUAAAAAGAAUUUCGGUGCGGUGGAGUCUGAGCCUGAGGAGGAAGAUCAAAGCAGCAUGGCAGAGCUGUUCGCUGGCUUGGGCAGCACUGUCACAGAACUUCUCAGCACCCUGAAGCUGCUGCGACAGCAUAAAGAUGCUCAGCUGGAGGAGCUGCACAACACCAUCUCUGGCCUGCAGGUGGAGCAGCAGGCUGCAAACAACAGACACGAGGCGGAGGUGUUUGAGCUUAAGCAUCAACUCAGCCGUCUGAACAGCCUGUUUGAGAGGGGAAAUCAGGCACUGCAGCAGAAAGCUCAGGAUGAGAAAAUGGUGACAAAGUUGAUGGCAGAAAUACAAGAGACCCAGGAAACUCUAAUUAAACACAAGACUGACAGUAACGAAUUGCGGAAGGAGGUGGUCGAGCUUCGCCGUUCUCUCCAGCAGUCAAAGGUGGAGUCUCAAUUCCUGCGGGAGGAGUUGAUGAAAGCUGGUAGCCAGUCAGCUAACCCGGCACAUUUCAUGGAAGAGAAGAUUCAGUUAUUGAGAGAGGUGGAGAGACUGAAGUUGAGUCUUCAGGAGGGGGAGCAGGCCAGAGUUAAACUCCUUGAUAGAGCAAAAAGACAUCAAAUGAUCCACCAGACCAACCAGCAGAAAAGUGAGAAUGAGCUUCAGAUGUUAAACAAAGUGAUCAAUAAAGUCAGAGAGGCUCUGCUGUCUUUGCCGGUGGUCGUGAAGAAUUGUGAACAACUCCAACAGCUUAUUGAAUACAUCGGCUGACGUGUUUGCCAUUGUCACCUGUGUUCAUUGUAUUUAUGUCUGUUAUGUUUUAACAUGUCCUUGUAAGUGUUAAUAUUUUUGUUAUGAUUGCAAUAAAAGAUUUUUAAUCUUAUGGAUCGU